GUGCGGGUGCGCAGCCAGCUCUGCCGCGUCUCGACUGUCGCGGCACAGCGCCUCGCGCCUCCACGUUCCGUGGGCGGAGCGUGCAAGUUGUGGGUGGGCGGGCCGCCGCGGGGUCGCCCUGUGCUCAUGGCCGCUAGUGGCGGCCGCGACGGGGUCUGCGAGCUGGUCAGCUGCGGUCUCCGUCUGCGGCCGCAGGCCCUCACCGGCAGCUCGCGGGCCCUCGGAGGCGCUGUCCCUCGGGGGCAGGGCGAGGUCGAGAGUUUGGCCCUCGCGGAGGGCGGGUCGCUGCUGGAGGUGUGCGAGCUGUGCUACCUCCUCGCGCUGGCGCGCCAGGCGGCGCGCGAAGCGCGGCUGGCGCCGCAGGAGCGGGCGCUGCUCGUCAAGCAGGCGCGGCUGCUGGCGGCGCAGAUCACGGCGCUGGCCGCGGCGGAGGACGUGGCGCUCGCGAGCGCGUUGGCGCAGCUGCUGGAGCGGCAGGGGCGCCCGUCGGCCUCGGAGGCGGCCUCGCGCCCGCAGCUGGAGGUGCAGCUGGCGGGGGCCCCCCCCCCUGUCCUCGGGGCGCCUGGCGACGGCGCGGGUGGCGGCGGCGGCGGCGACGUUGGAGCGGCGCUGGUCGGGGCGCUGGCCGGUGCAGGCGCUGGCGGUGCUGGAGGCGCGGGCGCGCCGCCUGGCGCUGGGCCCGCGGGGCCGGGCGCUGCCCUCGGCGUGCUGGGAGGCGCGGUCGUCCCGGCUGCGGGGCUGCAGCUUGGCGGGCUCGUCGACGGAGCCUGGACGCAGGCCUCCACCCUCAUCGGGGCCAACUGGAGCCAGGGCCUGGCCGUGGAGCUGCCGACCCACGAGGCUACGGGGGCGAUCAGUGGGACCGCGCUGUUCGAGAUCGAUGAGGUCGGUGUACCAGGUGCUGGAGGUCAGUAUCUCACCGCGCAGUUCAGGGGCGCGUCGUUGCCCGCCGAGGCGAUGCGCUUUGACGGCGCCUUCCCUCCGCUGGGCGGGGGUCCUGCUGGGCUUCUGCACCUCUGUGCGCAGGGGCCUGCGCGGUGUGGCGAGCCUGCGCAGGCGGGCCGCGCCGUCCUGCACGUGGAGUGGCUGCGGCUGCGCUCGACCCACGGGCUGGUGGAGCCCUGGGUGCGCCCGAGCGUCUUCGGCGGCCGUGGCGGUGGAGCUGGUCGAGGCGGUCCCUCUCCCAUCCCUGGCGGAGCCGCCGCCGAACGCCUGGCGGCGGCAGCAGCUGCCCACGCGCUUGCGCUCGGAGGCGGUGCCAGCCGCGGGGUGACAGGCCGCGGCAGGCGUCGGGCUCGCAGUGAGUCUGGCAGCCGCAGUGAUGGCGAAGGCGAGCCGCGUUUUCGCGAUGCCCCCUCUCGCGGCGGCGGCGUACGGCUGCUGGCGGAGAGACAGCCUGGCGCCCUCUGCGACGAGGCGAUGCAGAACAUCGCCCGCGUCAUGGGCCUGCGGGAGGGGGCGGACGGUUCCGAGACGAGGCCGAAGGUGGUAGGCUAUUUGCAGGCCAUCGUGUUCGGCCACCACCCCGUGUCCCAGCUGCGGGUCAACACGGUGCGGGAGCUCCAGACCUUGGCGACGGCGCUGGGCCAGUUGGAAAGCGGCUCUCUGCCGCAGUUGAGCGACGUGCUGAUGCAGAGGUUCAAGGUUCUGGAGCUCUCGCUGUCGGGCGCGGGCUGGCAGGUUGCGAGCGAGCUCGAGAUCGUCCCAGACGUGAGGCCGUCGCUGGCGUCGAUGGACGAGCAGGAUCUGGCGCGGCGCUCGGCGCUGCUGAGGAGGCGCUUGGAGGAGGCCAAGAGCCGCGGGGCCUUCGGGGCGCUCGGCCGCGCGCGGGAGCUCUCGCGCGGCAAGGGCAAGGGUCGAGGUCGCGGGCGUUUCGCCAGCGGCAGCGCCUCAGACUUGCUCCGUGAGCCUUAUGACGUGGGCCCGAUCCUCCUCAACCUCGCCAAGGGUUUCCCUGGUUCAUUCGGUCGCUACGUCCGCGACUCCCUCAAACCUCAGCUGCGCGAGCACAUGGCCACCAUGGGAGGUCGGCUGCCACGCGACUUGCUGCCGUUACCGUACCCUACCAUCGUGAAGACCGACGUCGUGCGCGACGGCGAUGACCUUAGCGACAUGAACUGGGAUGCGCCCCACUGCAGGCUGGUUGCCACGGUGCUGGCGCUCAACGGGGAGGCAGGCUUCCGCUCGCUGAAGUUCGCGCGCCUCGGCCGCAGGCGCCCGAGCGCUGCUCAGCGGCCAGCCUUGGCUGCCCUGGGUCGCCCCCUGUAUCUGGCGACGCGCAUCGAGUCCGGCCUGCCUGCAGAGCUCAACUGGGAGGACCCUCUGAAGGACCGCAAGAUCGGCUACGGCGGCGCCGAGACCACCGCGCCUCACGAGCUGACCUUGGAGCAGGUGCUGGACGGCUUGCUGGCGCCUGGGGUUGCGGCCUCGAUUGAGGCUGCCGAGGUCGCGACGGGCUUCGUGCGCGACUCGUUGCUGGAUCCUGGGCUGAUGCUGCUGCCGUCUGCGCUGAGCCGCGCGGCGCCGGCUUCGGCGCGGGCCUACGACGCCCCUGUCAAGUCCCAGGACGGGGUGCUGAGGCCCGUGCUCAGGCUCAUCUCCAAUCUGAUCCCGUCGAGAGCCUGCCAAGAGUGCAUCGUUGGCGACGCGCCCGAGAUGCCGACGAUGAGCCAGCUGAAAGGCCUGGUCUUGACGGAGUCUGAGGACUUGGUGUGGUGCGGCGCCGACAGGAAGGCCUUCUUCUACGCCUUCCGCGCGCCGCCGCCGUGGUGGCCGUACAUGGGGAUCGGGCCGCCAGUGCCGUCGCGCCUACUGGGUCUCAAGGACGGCGGCACUACCCACAUCUGCCUGCGCGUGAUCGGCAUGGGCUGGAUCAGCGCGGCGGGGGUCGCGACUCAUUUUCAUCGCAACACACUGCGUCGCAGCAGCGCGGUGCCUCGCGGCCUGUGCCCCAGCUGGGAGAUUGCCCGGCGCCGCCGCCUGCCGCUUGGCGCAGAGAAGUCCUGCCCGCCUGCCUGGGUGAUGGUCGGCAACUUAGAGAUCGCCGAGGUCGUCGACGAAUCUGAGGCCGACAAGCUGCGCGGGGGGGUCCCCGAGCUGCUGUCUAACGCUCGGGCCUGCUACGAGGCCACAGGGUCGCCUGGGUCCCCAGGCAAGGACCUGCACCGCGUGGUGGGCGCUACCACGCUGGGCGAGCUUGUUGAUGGCGUUGAAGGUGUCCGUCGGCCGCCUGCAGGAUACAUCGCUGUGAAGGCCAGCCUCGCGCUCUGGGUUCUGGGCAAAAGGCGGGCCAGCAUGCAACUGAAACGUAUUCUUCCUGGGCGCUGGGGUCGCGUGCACUGCGUCCGCCGCCCGCUGGCCGCGAGCUUCGCUUACACCUGGGAGUGGCUCAGCGACCCGCGCUGUGGAGGCCGCUUCAGCGUGAGCGUGAUCGAGGACUUGCUGAUGUGCCUGGCCUUGUCGGGGCUCUGCGUGGUCGACAUGAGGCUCGAGGUCGACCACCUGGUGACGGCCUCGGACUCGUCGGAGGCCGCUGGAGCCGUGGUGUACAGCACGGCGCUUACCGAGCGCGGGUGCGCCGUCGCGGGCAGGCGCCAGCGGCCCGCGAACGCCGCCCGCGAGGAGGAGACCGCCCUGAUCACCGUCUUUGAUGGCAUCGGCGGCGGGCGCGGAGCCUUCGAGAUACUGGGCCUGGCACCAGCGGUUCACCUGCCGUUUAGGGUCGACCCGCAGGCGGUCUGCGUUACGCGGCGCGCUUAUCCUGGCACGCAGCAUCUCGGGGAUGUUACAUCUGCUGACCCCGCUGCCUUGGCUUGCCUACUGCGGGCCCGCGGCCGCGUCGCCCGCGCGGUGGUCAUCGGCGGCUUCCCGUGCCAGAUCUACACGAGCUUGAACGUCGACCGCAAGGGCUCGUCGGACUCGGACGCCUCGCUGGUCGAUCACAUGGUGAGGGUCAUCCGAGGGCUGCGUGCAGCCAUGCCCGAGAGCGUUGAUUCCCUUGCAAAAAAUGUUGCAUCAAUGGCAGAGUCCGACGUCCUUCGCCUCAGCGGGUUGUUCGAGCGGUCCCCCUUGGAGGUUGAGGCUGGUGACGUCGGCUGGGUGAGGCGUCCUCGUCUCUACUGGCCGUCCUGGGACUUGCUACCGUCGUGCGAGGCCAAGACCGUGAUGGUGCUGACCAAGGACGGCGCCUCUCGCCGCCUGUGCUGCGUGUCGCUGGAGGUGGAGCGCCCGCCGCUGGAGGAGUGGCCCGCGGGCAUCGGGGAGUGCACAGCUGCUGAGAUAAUGCGCUGGAAGGAGGCGGCCUUUGCGGCGCCGCCCUGCCAGUUCCAUGACAAGUGGUGCAUUCAUUGGCCUGACGGACGGAUCGCGCCUCCUGGCGCGGUGGUGAGGGAGAAGCUGAUGGGCUUCGCCGAAGGCCACGCCGUGCUGUGCAUGACCAGCAGUGAGGCAGAGGCCGAGCCCGUCGAGUACGAGGGAUUGAGGCGUUCGCUGGUCGGCAACUCGUUCCAGUGCGUGGUGGUGGCGUGGCUGCUGGCGCACUGGGCUGUCGCUGCUGGGCUGCUGGUGGCGAUGCCGCCGUUCUCCGAGCUGCACGAGAGCGCUCGGGCCUGGGUCGGCGGGCGCAAGCUGUGGGCUGGCGACGUCGCCUCGCUGCGACGCAGCCGUGCGAAGGUCGGCUCGGCGGUCUGCGGCGAGAUGGUGGCCCGCAGCGCAGCCGCAUCGAGCGAGCGCCAGCGGGCUGGUGAGCGGCCCGCCGCGGCGGCGCCGGCGACGGGCAGCAGCCUCGCCUACGUCGUGCGCGGCUCGCGGCGCUGGAGCCUCGCCCCGCCCUGUUUCGGCAACCCGUUCGCAGUGAGCCCAUGCUGCUCCCGCGAGGACGCGGUGGCGCUGUUUGCUGGAUGGCUGCGCGGCCAGCCCGAGCUGCUUCGCCACCUGGGGGACUUGCGCGGGGCCAAGCUGGUUGGCCACUGCAGUCAGUCCGAGGCAUGUCAUGCAGAUGUGCUGCUUACAGAGCUGGCCAGACGGGAUGCUACGUCCUGGCGUGAUUCGGAUGUCUCGCGUAGGAGUCAGCUCAUCAAGGUUGUGCGCAGCUUCUCGGCCUGGGAGCUAGCGAUGGGCGCGCAGGUGCCGCAGCGUGCGCCACCGAUGCCGCCGCUGGUGUGCAGCGCGCUCGCGGGCUGGGCGCUGGGCCGCGGAGAGAUCGCCUUCGCCGCGACGAUCCUCGCCGGCUUCCACCUCUGCCUUCGGACAGGCGAGGCUCUCGGCCUCUCCAGCGGCGUCAUUCAGCUCAAGCCUUGCGGCAGGGGCGUGGUGUCGUUGCCCUGGACCAAGACAGCCUGUCAGAAGGGAGCGCGAGAGACGGUGACGCUGGAUGACCCGCUCGUAGGACUGCGCCCGCUGACGCGCGAGCCCAGCGACGCCACCGCCCGCGCCAACCGCAGCCCGCGGGCGUUGGAGCCCGGCGCCCGCGGAAGCCCGCGCCCGCUCGAG